GCAUUCACAUACUCCCCCUGUUUUCAGAUACUCCCUCUACGUGCAGAAACUCCCCUGCAUUCAGAUACUCCCCUGCAUGUAGAUACUCUUCUGCAUUCAGACACUCCUCUGUUUUUAGAUAUUCCCCUGGGUUCAGAUAAUUCCGCGAGUGCCAAAACUCCUACAUUUAGAUACUCCUUUGCAUGUAGAUACUCCCCAUGCAUUCAUAUACUCCCCAGUGUUCAGCUACUCCCCAUGCAUUUAGAUACUCCCCUACAUUCAGAUACUCCCCAAGCAUUCAGAUACUCUGUUGCAUGCAGACAGCCCCCCUGCAUUCCAUAGUCCCCCUGCACGCAGAUACUCCCCAUGCAUCCACAUACUCCCCCUGUUUUCAGAUACUCCCUCUACGUGCAGGUACUUCCCUGAAUGCAGACACUCCCCUGCUUUCAGAUACUCCCCGGUGUUCAGAUACUUCCCUGCAUGUAGAUACUCUUCUGCAUUCAGACACUGCCCUGUUUCUAGAUAUUCCCUUUGGUUCAGAUAAUUCCGCGAGUGCCGAAACUCCUACAUUUAGAUACUCCUUGGCAUGUAGAUACUCCCCCCUGCAUUCAUAUACUCCCCAGUGUUCAGCUACUCCCCAUGCAUUUAGAUACUCCCCAUGCAUUCAGGUACUCUGUUGCAUGCAGACAGCCCCCCUGCCUUCCAUAGUCCCCCUGCACCCAGAUACUCCCCAUGCAUUCACAUACUCCCCCUGUUUUCAGAUACUCCCCCUACACGCAGGUACUUCCCUGAGUGCAGACACUCCCCUGCAUUCAGAAACUCCCCUGUUUUUAGAUACUCCCCUGGGUUCAGAUAAUUCCGUGAGUGCGGAAACUCCUACAUUUAGACACUCCUUGGCAUGUAGAUACUCCCCCUGCGUUCAGAUACUCCCUAGAGUUCAGCUACUCCCCAUGCAUUUAGAUACCCCUCCUACAUUUAGAUACUCCCCAAGCACUCAGAUACUCUGUUGCAUGAAGACAGCCCCCCUGCAUCCCAUAGUCCCCCUGCAUGUCGAUACUCCCCAUGCAUUCACAUACUCCCCCUGUUUUCAGAUACUGCCCCUACACGCAGGUACUUCCCUGAAUGCAGACACUCCCCGGUGUUCAGAUACUUCCCUGCAUGUAGAUACUCUUCUGCAUUCAGACACUCCCCUGUUUUUAGAUAUUCCCCUGGGUUCAGAUAAUUCCGCGAGUGCCAAAACUCCUACAUUUAGACACUCCUUGGGAUGUAGAUACUCCCCCCUGCAUUCAGAUACUCCCCUGCACGCUGAUACUCCCCUUUGCUCAGAUACUCCCCUGCAUGCAGAUACUCCCUCUGAGUACGCUAACGAAAAGCUGUGACAACUGUUCCUCAGAGA